UGUUGCCACAGUAGCAGAGCAUGCUGGAAACAGGGAUGUACGGACAACUGCUCUAAAAAUGCUUCAUCGUAAAGGUACCUUUAUUGAUUUGGUUGAUAAAGUACGAGAAAUUGAGACAAUUCGAAUCAACGAAGAGUACAUCCAACAUCGACAUGGGACUGCAAGCGAUGAUUGCUUCUUUGGAUUGGAACAAGUAUCACCGGCAAAGUCAUUCAACAAACUUUAUUUCUCGCGAUCAACGUGGAAAUAAUCGCAGAGAGUCCAUGAGAGCACGGCAGAUGCAUAGAGGUGGACGGCAAUUGAACAGAGGUGGCUUUCAAUUUCGGACCAACAUAGGUAGAGGCUUCAAAUCUAACAUUACAUCCGGCACAAACUGUUGGCGUUGUGGAGGAGUUUAUCAUUCACCCAACGAUUGCAAUGUAAAAGAUAAAAUAUGCAACAAAUGUGGACAAAUGGGACACAUUCAAAGAGUGUGCGCUGGUCAGUUCAAACGUGCAGCAGAGGUUUCGGAAUAUCCACCCUCAAAGAUAGCCGCUAUCGAUACCAGAGAAAAGUCCGAGGAACCGAAAACGGAAGACUCGGAAAUAAAAUUUCAUUCACAAAGCGAAAAUAGUGCUGAGACGUAUAUGACUAAAGAAAGAAUCAUUGAUCGGCACGAUGAAGCAGUGCUUGUGAUAACCGGUGAAACUUCGAGUUAUCCUUCGAAUGUUGACGCUAUCUACGGCAUGUCGAUACAAUGUAUUGCUACUCGGGUUAAAAGUCCCUGUUAA